AUGCAGGGGGGGUCAACGCUCGGACGGGCGAGCGAGCUGCCGCUGCUCGUUACUGAAGGACAGAAACAGCAGCAGGGGAACAGCGGCGCGAUGCAGGGGCUUGGCAAGGCGGCCUCGCCGGAGACUGGCCGGAACAAGACUGAGACGGCGGGAUCCGACGGAGGGGCGUUGGAGAUGGCCAGAUCUGGGCCAGAGGCGGAUAGACUUCUUUCCCCGCGGGCCAACUCGGCCGAAGCCCAGCCAGCCGGCCCAGCCCAACGCCGCGCCCCGCUCGUCCCCGAGCUCGGGACGGACUCCCGCACCCGCACGACGUCGCCGCCGCCGUACGCCGCCUGGACUCCCUCCGCCGCUUCUCCGUUGCCCCUCCCGCACGCCACUGCCCCGCCUCCCUCCUAUAAAGCCGCCCCGGCUCCCCUCCUCCGCUCUCUGCUCGCGCCGCCGCCCGCCGCAUCUCGCGCCCCGCCGCCGCACUUCACGCCGCCACUGCUCGCCAUCGCCCGCAGCCAGCCGCGCCGCCGCCUGCUCGCCUCGCCGCCACGCAUCCGCGCCACAUCGCCGAACGCCGCCGCCGCCCCGACGCCCGCGCCGGAGUUCGCCGCCGGCCGGAUCUGCUCCGCCGGUCGAAACCCGAUCCGCCGCCCCGGUCCACCCGACCCGCCGGUUUUCUCCGAACCGUCGCGAACCGGUAAAACCACCACCCAGUUUUUCCUUUUUUUAUUAGAAUAG